ACCUAGUCAUCACAAAAGCUAAAACUUCACGAAAUUUCGUGAGAAAAACACCUGUCCAAAAUAAGAAUCAUCACCUCACUGGUGAAUGUCUUAAAAAAUUUCCCAUUUUUCACACGAAAAAUAUAAUUCAAAAGGCAAAUCUCACUUCAGGUCAAAUGUACAAAUCAUCAGUAACGUGAAUCAACACAAUAUUCAAUGAAUAUUCAAUAAUAUCACUCAAAAACAGCGAACAAACUUUGUUAGUACUUCACCAAAACUAAAUAAGACUGAAGUAAGCCACGAAGUUCUGUCAUAUUUCUCGUAAGCAAUUGCUCACACUGAAUUUUCAACAAAGCAAUUUUAACUCAAAUCAUAUUCAAAAUUUAACGUAUUUAGUGUUAAAAUCUUCCAAAAAGAACAAAUAUUUAGAUAGAAUUCAUUUUUCAUCAAAUAUUGGAAUAAAAAUCCAUCAUUUUAAUCAAUUUAUUUUUAGUGUCCAAUGUUAUCCUCAAAGUGUCCAAAAUAAGAAACUGUCCAAAAUUAUGAGCACUUACCCUAUUAAUCGAUUUUACUGAACUUUCUUUUUCUCUUGUUGGUCUUCUGUACUCCAGCUAUUUAAAAUGGAAAACGACCAGUGAUAAGCCCUGAUAAGCUUAUGGUAGCUAAGAUUCUUAACAGGUGACCUCAAAAUACAUGCAACUCGGAAUGCGUAAAAAUUCGAUUUUGAUUUGAAUUUUGAGUGUAAAGAAUCGCGUCGAGUUAACUGUUGUAGUCGGUCGAAAUGGAUAAAAUUGGCUCGACGCGAUUUUUACCCCCAAAAUUUAACUCAAUUGAAUUUUACCGCGUUCUGAGUUACAAUAACUCUGUUACCAUAAGUUUAUCUAGGGUUAUCACUGAUUUUUCCCAAUAAAAUUCAUGUGUUCCUUAUGCCUCUGGCACAUCGGUAAAAUUUCAUAUAAUUAAAUUUCCCAUCCUUUUCUAUCUAAAAAUAUUCACAUAAGUGAACACUAACGUGGGUUGAACUAAAUAGGGUAAAGUGGGUACAAGUUGGACAAUUUGUCGGCAGUUGGACAGGGAUUUUUUCUUGAUAAAUACAGUACUAAAUCUUUUUAAGCACAAGGAACCAAAUUAUAAAAAUUACGAAUUGAAAAUACACAAAUAAAAAUGAAUUACUAAAUUUAUUAAGAAGAAAAUCCCUGUUCAACUUGUACCAUUGUCCAACUUGUACCACACCCUAGUACAUGUCAUCUGUAAUCACAAAUUGAUGUUUAAAAGAAGAAGAAGGGUGCGAAAGAGUAGGAUAGGUAAAUAGAGAAGUUUUGGGGAAGAAAGGAAUGUGGAUUGUGACUUUAUGAAAUUUUCCGGAUCUAAAAGGUGUGCUGUGUGACCAUUAGGAACAAUAUUUUUUAAUUGAUCAUUCUUUGUUUCAUUGCAUACUCCUAUCACAGAUUCCUACUCUAUGAAAGUCAUUUUAUUGCAAUUAUACUUUGCUACCCAAAGUUCUAAACAUGGCGGCUGUUUCUGGUUUUUUUUUGUACGAUUUGAAAUUGUGUUAAGUAGUUAAUGACAUAUCCAACGUCAAUUUCUGACAGAACUUCUUUCACUUUUAUGGACUUUGUCCCAAUUAAUGUUAUAAUCCUUAUUAGUACUUUGUUCUCUCAAAGGUAGUUUACGUAUCUUGUGGAUUUUCAUUUAUAUCAUUGUCUUGAUCGUCUUGGCAAUGUUUAUAAUUUGGUUAAAAUUUAGUUUCUCAACUAUAUUUUCCGUUAAAUUAAUUUAAAUUCAAAAUUCAACGUUUUUUUUAAUUCCUGAUGGAAAGAGCUGAACUGGAAUACUGUAGAGUAUUCCAUAGGCCAUCGCUCUAUAGUCCACAAUUUAUCAACCGUUGAUUUCAAAACACUGAUUUUAAGUUAGGUUAUGUUUUUUUUAGUACGCGACAUGCAAUGUUGUCAUAAUUAUUUUAAUAUUUUUGGCAAAUUUUAUUGAGUAGUUGUGAUAAUUGUGAUCCAUAAUGAAGAAAGCGAGGACAAGUACCACAAUCGCAAAGAAAGUGGAAGUCGUCGAGCAAUUUCAAUACUAAAAGUCGUUGAUAAUUUUAAAUGUCAUUUUUUAGUGCGACCCAAAUGUCAAAUCUGGAACCAAAUAUGGACUAUAACGAGGCUCUACUGUACUUUCGAAGACAUUCAAUCAAUUCUUUUUUUUUCUUUUUUUUUUGUUAAAAACAAUUAUUUUUAAUAUUUAUAACGCGGUAGUAAACCCUUAAUUCUGUUUACUGUUCAUCCCAAGAAAAGACAAAAAAAAAGUGUUACAAAUAAAAGGAAUUUUGCAAUCCAAUUUUUUCACACUUGCGUUAGAAAGUUCAUAAAUUAGAGACAGACAAAAAUAAAGUCAAAGAGUGGAAAAAUGUAAAAGAGAGUGAAUUCAGAGAGAGUUUUCUUAAUUUUUCUUCGAGUAUUUGAAUCAAAAAUGUCUGAUAUUUCACACAAAUUUCCACCACAAUGAGACAAAUUUGAACACUGUGUAAAGUCUUUUGCUUUUGAGAAUUGAAAGAUCAACCAAAGAAGAGUUUGAGGGGGGUAAAAUUUAUUUUUAUUCACAAGAGCAUACACUUAGGAAAAUGCGUGUGUGAGAGAGAAAGACUGGCAUUUUCCUGGUGGUUGAGACGAGAGAGAUUUUGGGAGAAUUUUCCGUAAAAUGUUGCCUGAAUGGCAAAACUCUUUGAAAGUUGCCACAAAUACACCUUCUCUUGUGCAAAAUGAUGAAUUUUCAACAGUUAAAUAUUUAUCUGCGUGUGUGAAAAUUAGUUUUCUCUCUUUCACGCGGGAUAAGAAUAAUAAUAAAAAAAUAAAAGAUUCCCAUACAGUUUCCAAUAAAUUUUCUCUUGUGACAUAAUAUCGUUUUGGUGAGAGAUAGAGUUUUUCUUUGGUGGAUUCUGUGAGAGUGAGAAAAUCCACCCAAAAGAAUUAUUUUUCUUUCGGAGAGAAGACAAUUAAAUUGAAAAUUUUCGCAUAAAAAAGUGCCUUGAGAGAGAAUAUAGCACAAAUUCAUCUUCUUUCGUCAUUUUUUGGUGUUUUUCUUUUCGGUGAAAAAUAUUAUACUGUAUUUGAAAGUGAAUUUUUUGACACAAAUUCAGACGGAAAAACUAUUACUGUCCUGCGCACAAGAUCAACAUUUUCUCUUGGCAUUUGAGGAAAAUUUUGUGACCCGGAACAAUAUUGGAAAAAUCUCCUAAAAUGGAAUCCCUGAUUUACUGGCGUGAUCCGAAGAAGUCUGGUGCUGUCUUCGGAGCCGGAUUGGCUGUUCUUCUGGCCAUGGUCUGCUUCUCUGUUAUCAGUGUCUUCGCCUACCUUUCGCUGACCAUUCUCCUGGGCACCAUUGUCUUCACAAUCUACAAGAAUGUCCUGCAAGCCGUUCAGAAGACAUCAGAAGGACAUCCCUUCAAGAACUUCUUAGAAACCGACCUGACUCUGCCACAGGACAAGGUUCAGCAGGCUGUUAAUGUAGGUGUGACGCAUGUGAAUUCAGUGAUUGUGGAACUCCGUCGCCUCUUCCUGGUUGAAGAUCUCGUGGAUUCGAUUAAGUUUGCUCUGCUUCUCUGGUGUCUUACUUACGUUGGAUCCUGGUUCAAUGGAAUGUCCAUUGUGAUCAUCUCUUUUGUGGCAUUGUUCACUCUGCCGAAAGUUUAUGAAAACAACAAGCAAUCUAUUGACGCUUAUCUGGAUCUAGUCAGGAGUAAAGUGAUAGAAAUCACCGACAAGGCUAAGGCAGCUGUCCCGAUUGGCAAGAAAACUGAGAGUGAUAAAGAUAAGUAAAAGAUAUAUCAAUGCAAUUUCUUUUAAAAAAAAAAAAACAAAAGAAAAAAACAAUCUCUCGCGUCUUUGCUUUUCUCAAGAGAAGUCACGAUGAAAAGAAUAUACACCAUAAUUAUUCUGACGUAUUUUUUGUUUGUUUAGAAAACUGGUAAAAAGCGCGAAACACUGAGAGAAAUAUUUGCUGGUAUUUCUCCGAAUAAAAAUUCACUGUUGCGAAAAUUUCAUUUUUGAAGUCAUUAUAAAUUUUUGAAGUAACGAUUUUUUUGUUAGUAUGAAAAUUUAAUUGUUAGAGAGCAUCUUAUAGAAAUCAUAUAAUAUCAGAUACGGAAUAAAUUCUUAGGGAGAUUCUUAAAUUUAUCAGAAAAAAAAACAUAAAUCUUGAGAAAUAUAUAAUGAAGAAUAAAAAAAAAACAGUAAAAGUAAAAAUAUUUAUGGUAUAUAAAUUAAAUUAAUUGAAAUAUAUUUAUGUUACAAAGUCGACUCACAUUUUAAUAGUAAUUGUAAUUGAAGAUGAAAAAAAUUAUAACUGAUAUUAAUUGUAAAUAUACAAUAAAAUGAUGAAGAAAAACUUUCUUGAAAGCGAAAAAGAAAUAUUUACCGAGAGAUAAAUUUGUAAAUAUAAUUUUUUUCUAGUAUUUUUGUCCUCCUUUUUCCUUCAUAUCUUCUUUUUCUAGGACUCUAAAGUUACAUUUGCAGUAGAUAAAGAUAAAAAAGUAAACUUUUCUGUUAUUUGGGUGAUUUCUUUUAUACAACGUAUCAUCUCUCACAAAAGAUAUAUUAAGAGUAAAAAAAACUUAUAGACAUUUCAUUGAGAGUGUUGCUCGUGUUGCUUUGGUGGGAAUUGCCUAACUCUGGGAGAAAAAGUUUGGGAUUUUUUUUAGUACUACGUGGGAAAAAAAUUGUGAGUACUAAAAGAUUAAAACAUGUUACAAAAAAUAUUAUCCUUAAUGUUAUUCAUUGCCAAAUGAAUGACUUUAUAUUUUUCCUGGCCAAUAGAACAUUAUAGAAGUGAAAAAUUUUUGUACUAAUUUUGGUUUUAGACCAAAAAUCUCUGGGGUAUCAAUUAAAUCGAACCGAUAGAUAUUAAAAUUUCAUCCAAAUAGGUGAUAGAUUUCCUGUUCCAUAGGAAUUCAAAUCUCCAUUAGGAACGAAUUUAAUUGGUCUAUUUAGUACAUAGCAUAUUUUGUUUGUGGAAGUCGUGAAAGUACUAAAAACCCAGUUUCAUAAUCUUCUAAUAAGAAAAUAAACAGAUUUUUCAAUUGAUUUUAGCAGAAUCUCUUUUUAUUUUGUUAUUGACCGUUGAUUAUUCAGUUGUACUAAAAAUUAGUACUAAACAAAUAUAGUAAAUGAUGUUGUCAAACAUAUUCAACAUUAAUAAAAGUGGUCUACCAGGAAAAGUCCAAGUGUGCUUCAAUGAAGGUUUAGUACUUUUAGUACACUUAGGAGUACUAAAGAGCUAUUUCAUUAAUAUUCAGGUACACUUUAAGCAGGUUUUAUAAAAAUACCUGCGUUAAGUUACAUAGAUUCUCAAUCUAAAGGACAAAUUUCUGGUAGCCAAAAUUGACAGGACUUUCUUUAUGAAUUUGACACAUGUCAAAUCUGACAUUUUCUCUCAGAUUUAGAAAAAGUUCCACUAUAAUUUUUACGUGUUUCACUGCACUUUUAUAAAAAAAGGAAAUAUAUAUAAAAAAUAAUUUCUAAAUGGAUCGCAGAAGGAAGAAUUUUAAAAUUCUUUCUUAGAUGUUAUAAAAACAAACAAUAAUCACACGUAUUAAGGAAUUAUAUGAAAAAUAAAUGUGACUCUUCAAUGAAAUGAUUAACCACCCGAAGAAAGAAUCGAUAUUAAUAUUCUUUCGUACUUCAACACAUUUUUAUAUUUUGGUUUUGCCCACAAAGAUUUAAAAAAAAAACAAGCAAACCACAAAACUUCGUGAGAAAGAAAUACAAUGCCUUUUUAUUAAAAAAAAAACAAUACACACACAUAAUAUAAAUUUAUUAAAUUACUAUAAGUGAGUGUAAUAUUGAUAAUUUUUUUCUUAAAUAAGGAAGUUUAUUGAAGUGAAGAAAAAAAAUAUUAAAGCUACCGUAAAAUCAACGUUAGAUGUUUAUAAAAUGAAUAAAAAUGAUUUUUUAGUUUUUAUCUCUUUUAUUUUUGUGAAAGUUUUUUAAAAAAUAAAAUAAUAAUAUUUCUCAUCCAUGUCUGGAGGAGCUUUUUAUCCUCCCAAAAAAAAAACAACAAAAGUUUUUCCAGCAUGGAAAUUGUUAGAAAUAUUUGCCCGAAUCUCAAUCCGUACUAAGAAAUAAAAGAAAAAGAAAAAUAAUUUAAUUGUGAAGAAAAUCUGCGUGGAAAAAGCUUAAACAUAAAAGGAAAAAUUGUAUAGAAAUUGGUUAUUUAAAAGAAAUUUAAAAAGAAAAAUCUGUGGGUGUGUCGAUGAAACUCAAAAAGAAGAAAAAAAAUAAAUUAUCAUCUCAAACAUUGCAUAAGAAUGAUGAAAGAAAGAAAAAUCUUAAUCAGCUAAUUGAAAUGUGACCAAGCGUAAAAAUUAUUACUAUAAAAGUAUAUAGAGUAAUUAAGAGAAUGAAAAACAUAAGCUUAAUGAUUAAAAAAAAAGGCAUACUUAAGAACUUAUUACUGUAAUUUGUGUGUUAUGGAGAAAAACAGAAAAGCAGAAAUGGAAACAUGAGAGAUUUUCCUCAUUAAUUCACAGAGAAAAAGAGAAAAAGAGAGAAAAACAACAACAUUGAUAAGAUUUCUUAUUUUUAUUCUCUCUUAUCUCAAGAAAAUUUUAAAAAGUUUUAUGAAGGAGAAAAAAAUUUGAUAAAUUGGCUAAAAAAAAUAAAGAAUUGGGUUAAGGUUCUUGUCUCGAGAUAGACAGUUUGAAUUAAACGAAAACAUAAAGCAUAUUUUUUAAAGAAUGAAAAAAAAUUUGAUAGAUUUUUGCAUGGAAUUUCUUUUGCAAUGUAUUAGCUGCAGAUCGAUGUGAACUUUUUCGUCUUACAGUGAGAUUUAAGGAAAGAAUAGAAAAUGCGGAAAAAAUUUGACAUUUCGCAUGAUUAGAAUCAUUUUUUGUGGAUGAGAGUGACGAGAAGAAUUAUGGUAAAAAAAAAACAAAACAAAAAACAAGUGUAAUACCACAUUUUAUUUAAUAAAAUUUAUUAACAGUUGGCUUCUUAAAUAAAA